CACCGCACAAAAGUUAAGUACUUAAUAGCAGCGGAGCAAUUUCAUAAUCCCAAAUUUAAAACUCCGCGAGUAUAUACCCGAGCGCCAAGAGGGUUAAAGCGUCGUAAAUACGUGGAACCAACCGCUAGCAACUACUAUGGUAAAAGGACACGCAGCUAUAUCACACCGCGAAUAUUUAAUGAGUUAUCAGUAGAAGACGAAUGUGCUAGUAAAACAUCUUUAAAUCAGAAAUUAAGAAUUUGCUAAUAGGUACAACGCAUGACUGAAUAAAUAAAUAGGAUAGGUAAAUAUACUACAACAACGUAUACUGUGUUUAUAUGAUAUAAUUAUGUAUUAACCUUAGUAUUAUAAGUUAAUCAUAUCAUUUAGAUUAAGGUACUAACGUUGAAAAUGAGUGCCUCAUUUCGCCGUUAAACGUAAGUUUGGCAAACCUAACACAAGUUUAAAAUGUACCAUACUAUUUGUGAAAAAAAAAAAACAUUGAUGUGUUAGCAUUUAAGUGGUCACAGCUUAUACAGCAAUGUAAACGAAUAUUUGAAUCGCAGUAUUAAUUAAGUAGUCUAAUGUAGUGAAUUUACAUAUUAGGUUAAGUCAUAAUGGUCAAUAUUAAGAUUGUAAUGUAUUGGCGAACGCUGUAAUUAAAUAACAAUGUUUUUUUAAUAAUAAACAAUAAAAUAAAGCGUUUAAAGCACGUAUUUCUCCUUAGUAAGUAAUUGCUUUUUAUCGUGACUUGGCUUAUUUUUAUUGGAAUACCACUACUUUAUGUCGUACUACUUAUUAGUAUGAAAUCAAUCCAUUAGCCUGCCUUAUAAUAUUUCACUCUAGUUUCGUCUAGCAGCUAAGUUACUUCCAACAAUUUAUUUUAUUACUCCCUUAACAAACAUGGAUACUUUUUUGGAUUUAGUCAGACCACUUUACGUUCUUAGUUCUAUUUUUUGCAUCCGCAAGUACUCCGUUUGCGAUGGAAUUGCUUCGACCAUUAGCCCCAAGGAAAUGCUUAUUACAAUAAGCGCUAAUUGUAUAUUGAUUUAUUUAUUCUAUUCUACUUUCCAAAUCAGAGGAUUAGAGGAGAUUUCCCUCAAAUUAUAUUAUCUUGUGAUAUAUGGCCAGCAUGUGUUUUCUUUUGUCAUAAUAAGUUGUCAUAACAUGAGAUUGAGUAAGGUAUUUGUGGCAUUAAUCAAAAUACUCCAGGAACUUUACAAUUUUGAAAGAAGUCAGCUCUCGCCUAAAGCGGUAAAGAGAAAGAUGAUGGUAGCUUGUGGAAUUCUGAUGUAUUUAUACAUUGGGGUCACCAUUCCAAAACUCGUAUUAGAUCCAUACUGGAAUUGGAUCCGAUGCUUGUUGCUAGGGUCUAGCAUCAUCGUCGACUUUGAACUGGUUUUCAUAAUCUUUAUAAUCAGAUUUUUGGCUUUAAAAUUCAAAACGUGGUCUAAAGUUAUUAGUAAAUAUUCUUCUGAACAAAAAAAUUACAAUUGUCAGACUAACUUUAUAAACAUAGACAGUCCAAUACGAGAAAUAAGAAAUACAAGAAGUUCAAGAAGAAAAAAAGAAACUGAGAAUUUAACUGAAGAUGAACAAAAUAACGUCCUAGAAAUAUACCCAGAGAUUGAUGUGGACAACACCGAUGAAGCAAAGAAACUCUUUGAAGUUUAUAAUCAAUUAGUAAAUGGUACUAACCUGAUGAAAUCUGCGUUUCAAUUCACCGUACGUGAUCUUUUUGCUACUUUAGCUGUGUGUUUGAUUUUACUAUGUUUGAAUUUUAAAUAUUUUCUAUAUUUUUCAGAUAUUCUUUCACGCAUUUACAAUUUUCACACAAUCAUUAGUGUACAUCGCAGUGCUAAUUUUGUGGGGGCAGCGAUGGGGGGCGCAGACCGGGACCCGAGACGAAGGCAAACUGCAAUACGAAGUGUGUCGGGAUUUAGAAACGUGCCUAAAUUUGGGGAGGGGUGCGCAUGGAGCCAGUAUCCAGCUUCCCGUGUUCCUGCAGCUAGGAGUCUGGCUCGUCCCUCGGUGUCGGAUUCAUUUAGUAAAGAAAUUACGAUGUUCAAUCAUGAUAUUUAUUACUCAGUGGCAACGACGCGAUCAGCCAAAAACGCGCUGCGAUUGUCCAGUAGUCAGCCGUGCCGCUUCAAGGCCGUCGGCGCGCUGCCCGUCGACGCUGCGUUACCGCUGCGACUCGCUGCGCUGGUUGGCUCCUACACGGUUCGUCUUGUUGCAAUUUCGCGUUGCUAUAAGCAAUGUUCGACGUUUAGAGAUACCUCACACUAGCGUCUUUGGAGCUAGAG